GGGGGGGGUGCUAAAUUCUCUGUCAGCAUCUUUUCUCUGACUGAUCUUGAGCAAUCCAUAGCCAUUUCUGUGUAAGGAAAUCAAGAAUUCACAUAUUUUUUGUCUGUCUUAGGAUUUCAAAAGAGUGAGGAAUCAUCAGCAUUUCCAAAGGGUUCUUUUCUUUUUUGUGUUUGUUUUUGUUUGUGUCUGAAGAAGAGAGAAUAGAGGAAAGGAUAAGAGAAGGUAGAGGGGUUGCCUUUCUUGAAUCUUGACCCCAUUAGCUUUCUCUUUUUUCCUUAAAAAUAAAAGUGGAAUCUUUCUUUGUUUCUCUCUAUCUCUCUCUCUCUCUUGCUGUUGUUCUUUCUUGCUCUGCAUUCCCUUUAACCAACAGAGUAAAAAGAAAAAGAAUUGUAUUAUAUAUGCAAGUGAAAGUUGAAUAAGAUUUAGUGCUAAGUUAUUGUUGAAAGCUUUUGUUGUACUAAGAAGAAGAAAUGGCUGUGGUUCCCCAAGAAUCCAUCAAUCAGUUUGAAGCGUUAAUGGAGGAAGUUGAUGAAUCACUUAAAAGGACAUUCCAGAAUGUACAUCAAGGAUAUCCUCAUGAAACUUUGACGCGUUUUCUGAAGGCGAGAGAAGGAAAUGUUACAAAAGCUCACAAGAUGUUGGUUGAUUGUUUGAACUGGAGAGUGCAAAAUGACAUUGAUGAUAUGCUAGCAAAACCCAUCAUUCCUGAAGAACUAUACAGAGCCAUACGUGAUUCACAGCUUAUAGGAUUGUCGGGUUACUCAUAUGAGGGCCUCCCUGUCUUUGCUGUUGGAGUGGGUCUGAGCACAUUUGACAAAGCAUCUGUUCAUUAUUAUGUGCAAUCCCACAUUCAGAUCAAUGAAUAUCGGGAUCGUGUGAUUUUGCCUGCUGCUACAAAAAAGUACGGGAAGCAUGUUAGCAAAUGUAUCAAGGUUCUAGACAUGACUGGCUUGAAGUUCUCAGCAUUAAACCAGAUAAAGCUCAUGACUAUUAUUUCUUCAAUCGAUGAUCUCAACUACCCCGAGAAGACACAAACUUAUUACAUUGUGAAUGCCCCAUAUGUCUUUUCUGCUUGUUGGAAGGUUGUGAAACCACUUCUACAGGAGAGGACAAGAAGGAAAAUUGAUGUAUUGUCUGGCUGUGGACAGGAUGAUCUAUUGAAGAUAAUGGAUUAUUCCUCCCUUCCCCAUUUCUGCCGUAAGAGGUCAACCGGCUCUUCCAAUCACUUGGACUCUGUUGAGAAUUGCUUUUCCUUGGACCAUCCCUUUCACCAGCAACUUUACAAUUACACUCAGCAGCAAUUCUUCAUUAGUAAACCUGCUGCACCAGUAAAACAGGGGUCGGUACAUGUAUCUUUGCCUGAGGAUGCUGAUGAAGAAGAUAUAGCCAAGACAUUAGAAUCUGAGUUGGAGAAAUUCAAGGAUCUUGAUAUUGUCCAGAAUCACUGAAGGGCCUGCAAAUCCGUAACAACAUGGGCUAGAGGAUUCAUCACGUCUGUCUUUCAGGUUCAAAAUUACAUCUUACCCGAAUCUCUCGUUCUUAGCAUUCUAACUAUUCUAGCUAGUUAUUCUAUAUAACUCUAUCAAAAGAUAUCUCACAUUAGUAAUGUACAUCAUGGAGAAAUGCCACAGAUAAUGUCUGUAAUUGCAUGUAUGAAUCUUCUUGUUAACUUAAGUUGUAAAGAAAAUAUCUUGUGCUGUACUUUUUUCUAUGUCAAGGUGAAAUUCUAAAUUCUUUGAGUUGUUA